CCUUAGCUUGUCCCAUGAGCAUUUUAAGUAUCUACCAAUUGUACUCAUAUUUCCAAAAAAAAAAAUAGAACACUUAGUUGCUGCGAAGAUGAAAAAUAAGUCUUUUAUCUUCUUGUGCUUUUGUGCACUACUUCUUAUUUCUCUUGUGGCAUUUGACCCUUCUAAAGAAGAGAAACAAUUUGGUGAAAUAGAGAAAUCAAACAAUGGAAACAAAAAUAUUGGUAGUGGCAUACCAUUUACUGAAAGUGUUGGCGGCAGUGCUAAUGACCCUCUUUUUCUCGACUGCGAAAAAGAUGGUGGUGGUGGAAAUGGCGAUUGCGAUGGAGAGGAAGGUGGUGGUGUAAAAGAGGGUGACAGAAAAAAAGAAGGUUGCAAUGGUAAACACCCUGUAAGACACUAUCCUGAUAUUGGAAUGGGGCACGGCUGUAUUACUAUUCACAACAAUGGAAAAAAGGGGUGAUAACUGAGGAAGCAAGUCAUGCAUGGGGAAAAUAUCUAUAGAAAACUAUCCGCAUAUAAUAUAUAAUGUAUCUAUGCUUACUAAAUAUACAAUGGGGUAAGAAAUGUAAAAUAAAUAAUGGACAAUGUAAGUUGCAUGAAUAAACAAUAAUAAUAUUUAAGGAGUCCCUCAGGAUGUCCUAGCUUGUAAAAAAUAUGAAAACUUAGUUACUUUGAAGAAAUAUAUUUUUCAAUUUAUAUAAAGAAACGUGAAGA